CCCAUUGAAAAAAAAAACUGACACCAGACAAUGAUUCAAGCUUAACAACAUAAUUGAAAAAGAAAAAGAAAAGGCUCGAUUCUGCUAGAGAAGGAGGAAUGGCAUCAUGGAAUUCGAUUCCGCUGGAAAUCGCAUAUCAAGUUCUGGGUUGGACUGCUUUUAUUGCUUGGACCUUCGCUCCCUGGCCACAAGUCAUAUUGAACUUCCGCAGAAAAAGUGUUGUUGGGUUCAACUUUGAUUUCGUGUUACUAAAUUUGACCAAGCACACUUCUUACCUCAUCUACAACGCCACUCUCUACUUUAGCUCCGAUGUCCAAAAACAGUACUUUGAGAAGUACGGCUCCAAAGAGAUGAUACCCGUAGCAGCAAAUGAUGUUGCUUUCUCAACUCACGCUGUUCUAUUAGCAUUAAUUCACUUACUCCAAAUUGCAAUUUAUGAGCGGGGAAGUCAGACAUUCUCUAAGGUUAGUAUUGGAAUUGUCUCCGUAGUGUGGUUUACUGCUGGAGUUUGUUUCUUCAUUGCCUUGCCAACCCAUUCUUGGCUUUGGCUGAUCAAUAUUUUCAACUCAAUCCAAGUAGUUAUGGCAGCCAUCAAAUAUACUCCUCAGGCAUUCAUGAACUUCAAGCGGAAGAGCACUGAUGGAUUCAGUAUUUACAUUAUUUGUUUUAACUUCACGGGAAGCGUCGCGAAUUUUAUGCAGAUGGCUGUACAAUCUAUAGAUCAAAAUUCUUGGGUGAACUUUUAUGGAAAUAUUGGGAAGAUACUGCUGUCUUUGGUAUCCACAUUCUAUGACCUUAUCUUCCUGUGUCAACAUUUCUUGCUAUAUCCUGCUAGAAAAGAAAAUGUCCCUGGCAAGAUCAACGAGGAAAAAGAUCCACUUAUUGAUUCCUUUAAUCAACCAGAUCAUUCACAAAACGUUUGAGGCUUAGCCCUUGGCCGUAAAACGCAUGAUAUAUUAUACACACACACAUAUAUAGACAUAUAUAAGUAUAUAUACUCUCUUCAUACUUGUAAUGUGAAAAUUGGUCCACUAGCUCCUUAAGAUCUGCUUAAUUUUUCUUUUCACGUUACAUACAAGAAAAAAGAAAAGCAUCUGUUUUUGGAGCAAUUAGAAGUCAUAUAUAUUAUAAACG